ACGCCUCACAGCACUGGGAAUCUCUCUCUCUAUUACACUACCGCGCUCUCUCUUGCUCUACCACUUUUGCUCUCUCUCUCUCUCUCUCUCUCUCUCUCUCGCUCUCUCUCGCUCUCUCUCUCUGUCUCUCCCUCUUUCUCUCUGUCUCUCUCUCCCUCUUUCUUUCUCUCGCCCUCUCUCUCGCUCUCUCUCUCUGUCUCUCCCUCUUUCUCUCUGUCUCUCUCUCCCUCUUUCUUUCUCUCUCUCUUUCUCUCUCUCCACUCAAAAUUCAAAAAAGGGCUCUCAUCUCUCAUUCAAUGCUCUCACUCGACUGAGGGCUGCUUUUGCAUUGUUAAUUUAUUAUAUUUUUCUCUCUCUUUCUCUUUUAUAUUCUCUCAUUGUUCUAAAAUAUCCCUGCUGUGGAAGAGGAUGCAUUGAUGAAAAUGAGAAUUUUUUUAUUUGCGGUCUUUUUCUCUCUCAAGGAGUUCUCAUUGGAAGUGUCUUUGUUCUUUUAUUUGUAUUUAUUCAUGUAUGUCCUUUCCGCUCCUUGUACGGCUGUGUUGCUACUAGGGAAAAGGGUUAGUGUGUCUGUGAGGAGCCAGCCGAAGUGAUCGAGUGACUCUGCGUGAAGAGAGGAGAGGGGGAUGUCUGGCUGUAUCGCACUGUGAAUACACGACCACCCCGGAGAGACGGUGACUGGGAUGCCAUCGUUAACCUUAGAACUCUCUCGUUAACUAACCCCACAGCCUAGAACGCCACAGCCUGGAACGCCACAGCCUGGAACGCCACAGCCUGGAACGCCACAGCCUGGAACGCCACAGCCUGGAACGGACAGAUCAGGGAUAAGGAAAGAAGAAAGAGAAGAGACACAGAGAAAGGAGAGAAAUCCUUCCAUCGUUCCUGUAGCAGGGUUGUGCUGUGCGUCUGAUGUGCGGUAGCUGCCAAGCACCAUGGAUAUAAACGUGCAGUCUCACCGGUUCUACUUCCCUCAGAUCUACUGUACUGAGGCAGUGCCUGCUGGAGCCCAGGUCCAGGUCACAGCGCAGGAGUUUAAAGUCAGUGAGCAGAGUAUCUGCCAGGCGCGAGCUUCUGUCAUGGUGUAUGAUGACAGCAGUAAGAAAUGGGUUCCCAUUAAGCCAGGCCAGCAGGGCUUCAGCCGCAUCAACAUCUACCACAACACUGCCAACAACACCUUCCGCGUGGUGGGAGUCAAACUACAAGACCAGCAGGUAGAGGUGGUGAUCAACUACUCCAUAGUGAAGGGGCUGAAGUAUAACCAGGCCACGCCCACCUUCCACCAGUGGCGUGAUGCCCGCCAGGUCUACGGACUCAACUUUGCCAGCAAGGAAGAAGCCGCCACAUUCUCCAAUGCCAUGCUGUUCGCUCUCAAUGUCCUCAGCACUCAGGACGGAGGCCCAGUAGUCCAGCGCCAAGUCCAGAAUGGGCCCACUACAGACGAGAUGGAGGUGCAGAGAGCAAGACAGGUUAUGGAGCAGCAGCAGAAGCAGGCACACAUGGAGAGGGAACGACGAUCCUCGAACCCAGGUUCUCCUUUCCAAGGCCAUCCUGGUGUGCUUUCUGUAGCCCCCCCAGCUCCCAUGCCUCCCCCCAUGUCCAUGGGUUGUGGCCCCUCUUUAGGUGGAGGCCCCCCCUCCCUGGGUGCCUCUAUGCCUCCUCCCCCUCCUGGCCCACCUCCCCCCUCGGAAGGUGCUCCCCCGCCCCCCCUGCCUCCACCGCUGCCCAUGGUUGGAGGCGGACAGGGUGAAGAGGCUCCCGCCCCAACGGGACUCGCCGCCAUGAUCGCUGGAGCCAAACUGCGCCGUGUCAAUAGACCUGAGGACUCUAACUCUUCAGGAUCGGGGACCAAAAACGAAGCCAACCGGACAAGUGGUGGCAGCGGAGGACUGAUGGAGGAGAUGAACGCUCUGCUGGCGCGGAGAAGGAAAGCAGCAUCAGAGAAGCCUGAGGACAACCAAAUCGAUGACCCCAAUAGGUCCCCUUCCCCCGACAUCAAGGGUGGACAGAACGCCACAGAUGGCGUGAAGAAGCCAUGGGACAGAGCCAACUCCGCAGAGAGGUCAUCACUGGUAUCAAGGGUACGACCUGUGGGGAGUAGCAGCGACACAGAUGCCUUAGACUUUGACAGAAUGAAGCAGGAAAUCUUGGAAGAAGUUGUUCGUGAAUUACACAAGGUGAAGGAUGAGAUCAUUGAUGUCAUUAGACAAGAACUAAGCAGAAUCAGCACGACAUAAUCUGUCAUGUACCUUUUGGAACCAUUGUCCCCACGGCAACCACUGCUGUGUCUGAGGAGGCAAGGAGAGGAUCGAGGCCCGAACCACAACCAUUUAUUUAUUCUACGUUGCUGUGAUGUUAAAGCAACGUGACAAUGUUGCUGUAACACUACAGGAACAGUUUGUUUACGUUACGUUUGGAAGAAUGGGAUGGAUGGAGGACACUCUCGCACUGAUUUUUUUCACUUUCUCUGGUCUUGUUUUUCUCUUUCUCUAUCUGUCCAUCGGUAACCAAUGUUUACUGUUCUGUUUCCCGUCUUAAAGGAAACAAUUAUGAAAUUCAAUUAAGUAACAUCUUGGUUUUCUAGGAGUUUUUAUUUAUAAAAUGUUUGUUUGACAUUAUUAUUACUAUCAUUGUCAUUAAUAUGACUUGUUUGUAUUAUUGUAGAUGUAAUGGUGUGAAUAUAAGUAGUAGCAGUUUUAGUGACGACAAUAGUAACAAAAUUAUUAUUAUAAUGACACUGAUGAUAAUCAUUUUAUGUCAGCCUUUUAUAUUUUAUAUUGUAAUUUUUUUUCUCUUUUGAUUUUGUUUUAAAAUACAAUACUAAGCACAUACGGAUUUAUUUCUCAUGACCUGACCUCAACAUUUUUACAAAGUUUUGUAUCCUUUUUCGCCAAACACAAUUGUGUGUGUGUAAUCACUGACUGAAAGAUUUUUUUAAAACAGGUCUUUGAACCUGAAAGAGAGGGUGGUAUAUAAACUAUUGCUCUUUGGAUAUUGCAAUCUUAUGAACAAAAAAAGAAUAAUACACCACAGUAUUUGUGAUCAUGUUGUUAAUAAAAUGUUUAUUGGCUGCAA